AUGGAUGCACGAUGCCAAUGUGGCGCGGUGUCAUUCAAGACGCCGUUGCCGCAGCCGCUGCGUCUGUACAUCUGCCACUGCGAGGAAUGCAAGCGCCAGACGGGCUCCGCGUUCGGGACGUCGGCCAUCUUUCCAAAGUUCCAGCUGCCCAAGGCUGAGUUAAUGGGCGUCUACGCGUGA